AUGUCUGUGAUGCGACCAAAUUCCCCAAAAUUGAUUUUAGACAUUAGUCACAAUCAGGUGGAAAAUAAUUUUCAUCUACAUAACAACAACAACAUCAUCAACAACAACAUGAAAAAUCACAAUAACAACAACAACGAUCUGAGUAACGGCAUCAAAAUGAUCAAAAUUGAGCAACAUUCGGAAUCGGACAACUCCCUAAUCGACAAUUCCGUGUACGAUCAACAGUAUUUGCCGCAUGAGGAUGUAAAUUUACCGCGCAGUGACAUCCUGUCGACCAGUUGCAUGGCUGCGAAUGGCGUUCGUGGUCGCAAACGAAAGCAACCCGAAGUCGAUAUCGACUACGAAUUCGAUGCCGGCUCCUUGAGUCCCGGAAUUUACGAGAAAAAGCUCAAAUACGAGAACGAGUAUCCGGUUUACGUGCAAACGAACGAGCAAUAUCAAGAGUACAAACCGAUUUACAUGGCAGGGCAUGUGGCGGAGCAAGUUUAUCCCGCUUACAUCAACACGCAACAUGCUCAGCAUCACCAGCAGCAGCAGCAUUCGCAUCAGCAAGUCAUGAUGCAACCACAAAUGCACUCGCCCGACAUGAAUUAUGGGCCUUCCAUGGAAAUGUUUACCGCUGAGGAGCCUCUUGUUGCAUCGGAGGAACCGCAAAAUGGCACGGGAAAGACAAAGAAACGGAGUUACACGCGGAAAAAUAAUAAAAAGGAACAAAAUCCGGAUAAACCGAGGAAACACAAAAGACGAUCGUCGAAGGCGAGCUGUUAUGAGGACAUGCAAACGCAACGCGUGAUGGCAAAUGUGCGGGAACGGCAACGAACACAGAGUCUGAACGAAGCGUUCUCGUCACUGCGAAAAAUCAUUCCAACGCUACCCAGUGAUAAAUUGAGCAAGAUUCAAACGUUGAAGCUGGCGUCAAGGUACAUUGAUUUCUUGUACAAAGUAUUGUCGAACAAUGAGCUGGGUUUGUUGGAGGAAAAGGCAAACAUGAUUCCGCACACCGAGAUGGGCACGCAUUUCACAAGUAGCGGCAUUCUGCAGCACGAAAGUCUGAGUUACUUGUUUCGCGUUUGGCGGAUGGACGGCGAGUGGAAUAGCACGAAUGGCAGUCAGGCGGGCGAUGAGAGUCUUACGUAG